AGUAGUGAGGACAGCAAUGUUUUAUAAAGACAAAAGUACAUCAGAUUAACAAACUAGAUUCACUUUCAAGUAUUUGUACAACAAAUUCGAAAACCAAAAGAUUUAAUGGGACAGACUAUAUUGCGCAUGCUUAAUACAUCCUCCUCGGUACUUUCGGGUAAUGGCUGCUAGGUGAGAUGAGCGGAUCGGCCGCAUCCUUUGAGUGUGAGGCACUUCCAACGAGAGGACCGUUAACUCGGGCGGUGCCGAGUUAAAAUGGUCGAUAUCCGACCCGAAAAGCACCCCGAAACCGUUGUACAUAUUGCGAACAUCGUCCUUCAAAUCACACCCACUGUUAACAUCCCGUCUUAGUGGUCAGUUCUGCCUGCCGAUCAGAAGUUAAGCUGAGGCCAUGGCAGUGAAGGACCGUGUUGAGGCGGUGCUCAAUGUGGGUCUACGUGUUCCCAGCAUCAUGCUGCUGGAUGUCCUGUACCGCUGGGACGUCAGCUCCUUCUUCCAGAAGAUCCAGCGUUCCAGCCUCUCCAACAACCCCCUGUUUCAGUACAAAUACCUGGCACUCUACCUGCAUUACGUAGGUUACAUCCUGAGCUUGGUGCUCCUGACUCUGCCUCGUCAGCACCUGGUUAAACUCUACCUGUAUGUCCUUACGGCCCUGCUGCUGUUUGCUGGUCACCAAGUCUCAAGGGAUUAUGUCCGCAGUGAACUGGAGUCUGGCUAUGAAGGACCUGUCUACCUGGAACCUCUGUCCAUGAACAGAUUCACCACUGCACUCAUUGGUCAGCUGGUGGUGUGUACGCUGUGUUCCUGUGUGAUGCAGACCAAGAGGAUUUGGCUUUUCUCUGCUCACCUCCUCCCUCUAGUGGCCAGACUGUGUCUGGUCCCACUGGAGACCAUCGUCUUCAUCAAUAAAUUCUCCAUGAUCUUCACAGGCCUGGAGGUCAUUUACUUCCUGGCUUCUAAUUUGUUGGUACCAUACAACCUGGCCAAGACUGCUUACAGGGAGCUGGCUCAGGUGGUGGAAGUUUACGGGCUGCUAGCUUUGGGAAUGUCUCUAUGGAACCAGUUGGUCCUUCCAGUUCUCUUCAUGUGUUUCUGGCUGCUGCUGUUUGCUUUGCAGAUCUACUCCUACUUUAGUACCAGAGACCAGCCUACCUCAAGAGAGAGGCUCCUUUUCCUCUUUCUUACCAGUAUUGCAGAAUGUUGUAGUACACCGUACUCCCUGCUGGGUCUGGUUUUCACUGUCUCCUUCAUUGCUCUGGGAGUUCUCACACUCUGCAAGUUCUACCUUCAAGGUUACAGAGCGUUUAUGAAUGACAACACAAUGCACAGGGGGAUGACAGAAGGCAUCACCCUGCUGAUCCUCGCUGUCCAGACUGGCCUCAUCGAGCUUCAGGUCAUCCACCGAGCCUUCCUCCUCUCCAUCAUCCUCUUCAUUGUUGUUGCUUCCAUCUUGCAGUCCAUGCUGGAGAUAGCUGACCCCAUAGUCCUGGCCCUGGGAGCAUCCAGAGACAAGAGUUUGUGGAAGCACUUCAGAGCAGUGUCUCUGUGUCUGUUCCUGCUGAUCUUUCCAGCUUACAUGGCCUAUAUGAUCUGCCAGUUCUUUCACAUGGACUUCUGGCUUCUAAUCAUCAUCUCCUCCUCCAUCCUCACCUCCCUGCAGGUCCUUGGCACUCUGCUGAUCUACGUUCUCUUCAUGGUGGAGGAGUUUCGGAAGGCUCCAGUAGAGAACAUGGAUGAAGUUAUCUACUGUGUUAACGGGACCUACAGAUUGCUGGAGUUCCUGGUCGCGGUGUGUGUGGUGUGCUACGGCGUGUCAGAGACAGUAUUCGGGGAGUGGAGUGUGAUGGGCAGCACCAUCAUUCUAGUCCACUCUUACUAUAACGUCUGGCUCAGAGCCCAGCUGGGCUGGCAGAGCUUCCUGCUCAGGAGAGAUGCUGUAAACAAGAUCAAAAGCCUCCCCACAGCUAGCAACACACAGCUGGAACAGUACAACGACAUCUGUGCUAUCUGCUACCAGGACAUGAACAGUGCUGUGAUCACUCCAUGUAGCCAUUUCUUCCACGCUGGCUGUCUGAAGAAAUGGCUUUAUGUCCAGGAGACAUGCCCCCUGUGUCACUCGCAACUCAAGAGCCAAUCACCAACCACCACUGCCCCCAACCAAGAUGCCCCUGCAGCCAAUCACAGCCCUGCAGGGCAGGACGAAGCCACAGCCAGUAAGAAGCAGAAAGAUGGUUCUCCUCCAGAUGACAGGAAGAAGGAGGGAACGGGAGAGCAGGAGGCAGAUAACGGACCUGUCAUGUCAACUGGAGAAACCUCCUCCUCCUCUGGUGUGCCCUCUGCUCCCCAGCACCUGAAGACUUCAUCAUCAUCAUCAUCUUCUUCUUCUUCUUCUUCUUCUUCCCCAAUUGUGACUGAAUCUAGGAACCAGUCUCCCACUGAUCGCCCUUCAUCGUCUUCCUCCUCUUCUUCUGACACGUUGGACAUGCCCCCCACCCCCUCCAACUCUCACCACUUGUCCUCACAGUCACUGGCCCAGUCAGAGGUGACCCCUGCUGAACCUGAGCCCACCUCUCAGCUAAAUCCAGGCUUCCUACUGGUCGGACAGAAAUCAUCUACUGGUCCAUCAUCACAGCCUGACCAGCCCACUCCCCCCUCUGAGGAACAGAGGCCUCUUCCAUGCAGCCUCUGAGCCCCAUCGUAACACACACGGCAUACAUGCAUGCACAUAUAAACACACAAUCUAAAUACUCCAUCUGCCAAUAUUCAGCGUAUAUUCUAUUUGUCUAGCGGUUGACUUCCCAUCCCAUCAGAAAUUCAACCGCAAACCUUUCCAUUUUCAUUAUUAGGGAAAAAAAUCCAAAACAAUCGCUAAGCAGAUGUUCAACACUCAGCAUUAACGGGCCAUUUUUUUAGGCAAUUGUCUUGGAACAGUUCAUCUAAAUGUGUUCCCAUGAUGAGUUUAACUUUCAUGCCAGCAAUGAUUUCAUUGGGGUGGGCAUAACUUUUUCCAUGUGUUUUUUUUCUCUCUCUCUCUCUUAACACAAAAAUGGGAAAGCAGUAAUCUCAUCUCACACAUAAUUGGUAGUUCUACAUCAUGUCCACGAAAUGUGAAAUCCUGAAUGAAACUGAAGUAUCACGUCACUCAUUUUUGCUGUUUCCUACGUUUUUGCAUUGAUAUUGGACCUACAGUAUAGUGACAUUUCUAAACUCAAGCUUAUUUCCUUCUCAUUUUAGUCCCAGACAUUUCACGUGAUGGUUGCUCCCAUCCUGCCUUUGCUUGUGCAGUUUCACUGUCAUUGCUGCACAUGUCGUAGUAUUUGGGUUUUCUCUGCGGUCCUGAAUGUGCCAUGAUCUGUGGAGGAAUGGGUCAGAGGUUUAGAGAGCCUUGAUAGACCAGCGAUAACAGAUGGUUGCAUUUUAAACAGUGACGCUGUUUGACGAAGUACAAAUUUCUCCAUCGGUUUUGAUAACGAUUUUUGGUUUUCAUUGUUGGAUGACAGUAGUUAUGUGUAUCAGUGAAUACACUAAGCAUUAACAGAGACUGAAUGUUUCUUGAGCCCGUCACAUGACCUGAAGCCUGGUGCUAAGAAGAGGAUACAUGGUGUGGUCUAGUAAAGAGUUCAAGUGUCAAGCUUUCUCGAAUAUACUGCUUCAAUAUUUGAAUCAGAUUUGUUUGGCUGGUCCCAGCAAAAACAGUUCUCCUCCUCAUCGCCAAACUUUUGUAUUACUGUCAAAGAGAUGUCAUUUUUAAGAUAAUUUUUACAUUACCGCUUUACUGACAGCACGCAGUGCAGACAGACUGAAAACAAGGGAGAGGAGGGAGAUAACCUUGAGCACUGUGAGAAUGCUGAGUGUAAAUUGGCCCACAGAGCCAGCAAGGAGCCCAAACUUUGUUGUCGUUGGCUUCAUUAUCGGUGCUCGUCCGCACUCAUCUUGCCGAGCUCAGCUGACUCACAAACACAUUCAACCAGUCACAAUGAACGAACCCAUCGCAAGUUUGCCAUCAAGCCAGCAAUUGUUGACUCUUUCAUGGCAAGAGCCAAUCACCUGGCCCCAUCCAGCUCCUUAUAAACCAAUCACAUCAAAGUACUCAGUGUUUUCUAAGACCAUCAUUAUCCUCCUGCUGCUCAGUUACUUCUCUCCCUAAAAUGUUACUACCAGCAAAUUGAGCCGAUUGAUAGGAAAGCUUCCCCCUCCACACACACGCUAGUGCACACACACUCUCAGUCCACUCCUGUGUUUGGGCAAAUGGGGCUGGACAGGGAGGAAGUGUGUGUUGAAAACUCUGAAGGUUUAAUUGAAAGACUUAAUAACUUAAGAAUGCUGAGUCCUGAUGCACGUUUAUGUGUAGACCUUGCACGCUGCCACUGUUACCAUAGCAUUUAUUUGUUUGUCCCCCAGUGUGCUCCAACCUUGCUACCAAUGUUUUUCUGCCAUUUUUCUUGUUUCUUUUUUUUUUUGUGUUGCAUUUGCACUAAUGUCAUUUAUACUAGCAUUGCUCCAAAGCCAUUCUAUGGCUGUCAGCAACCAAGUACCCUCUGAUGUGUUUGUGUACGAGGAAACAGCCCAAUCUGUUUAUGUGUAAUGUAUAUAAAUGUUGCUCUGUAUGACAUCUAUAUUAAACCAGAGGAGUGUUGAUAUAUAAAUAAGAUCAGGGCUUGAUUUCCCCAAAGCUUUCUAGUGAGCCGAUGUUCUUUGUUACUGAAGAUACCAGUGACCAAAGACAAACAUUUGGCUAAGAAGCUUUCGGGAAGCCAAGCCCUCUGACCUGUGAGACCAGCCAGUGUUACUGCUUCUCCAGUCUGUAUGACGCGUCCUCAAGCUGGUGUGAUCACUCUGGUGCCCUCUACUGUUAGGAGUGGGAUCAGCAUGGCGCAGAUGGACAGGAGAUGCACUAGUUAACCCUCAACAGUAUUACUACUACUAUAAUUACUAAAGGUCUUAUUACUAUGAAUGACUUUAUUGUUGACAUUGGAAAGCGUUGGCUGCAGGGCUGAGAAUGAAUACAUAAUCAAUGUAGGAUCAAACCUAGCCAACGCUGUUUAACUCUUUCUGUUUAUUUUUUUUUAAGAGAUGAAAUGUAGAGUUUGAUGUAUUUUGCACAUGUUCCACUGAAAGGUGAACAUAAGGACUUUCUGUUUUCUUGAACAACUUAUCAUUUCAUCAUCAGCUCCAUUCCUUAGACUUUGGUUUCAAACGAAGCACUUGAAGCAGUUAGAAACAUUUUAAUCAGCUUCAUACUCACUCGGUUUUACACCGCGGAGCAUUUGAACUGUGUCAGGCAGAGAGAUCACCUGCAUGAUAAAAUGUCACCUGCUCCACGAGGUGAUAACGGUCAUUGGCAACUGUAUGUGAAUGUGCAUUGCAGCAUGAAAUGAUAAGUGUCAGAGAAGCCUGCCAGCGGUUGAUUCCAGAUGUGUUUGCUCUGUUUAUACUCCAUGUUGGAGAAAUUGCAGUUGCUGCAGUCACUCUCCAGGCUCUGAACUGUGACAUAUUUUUUCAUACUGUCUGAGACAGUUAAACAUCAAAUGUUUUAUGGCAAUCGAAGCUCAAUAUUUAAUAUUUGACGAUAUAACCUCUUCAUCUGAUAACUACAGAAGGCUUGUGGACAUUACAUAUUUGAAGCUUUUCAGUCUUUAAAUGCAUUAUUUGCAUUUCAAUGCACCUCUGAGAGUUCAGCUGCGGGAUUGACUUCAUGUAAAAUGCAUCAGGGGCUGUUUAGGUGAGUCGUCCAUGAGCUAUUGUGCCAAACAAGUGCAUGAAUCUGUCACUGCUGCUCCUCACAUCGAGCAACAUCAAUUUUACAUCGCAGCUCCUUCUGUCAGGAGCUUUAGUGUGAGCUAGGAUUGUAAAAAAAAAAAAAAAAAAGAACACUUGCCAUCAGUGCGUGCACAUCACUUUUAAUUUUGUGAUUGCUCUGCAUUGACUUGCUACUGGGAAGACUACAUUAUAAAAACAAGCCAAUGCUCCCCUCAAUGUCCCAGUGUUUGUGCACUUUCUUGUACUGAAAUGGUUAAAUAGGACUCUUAAAGUAUAUUGCCUCCAUGGAAUUUGAUGGAGUAACCAGGAGGAAUAUGCAUUCCUACAGCCAAUAUGAUAGCUGACCUGCCUGAAGUCAGUCUCUCAUCUGAAAUCCAGAUGUUUCUGAGACUCAAUUUAUCACAAUACCUUGCAAAAUCAUUACUGUAUCACACUGAAAAUGUAAGCAAAUGUGCUAAUGGAAUCUGUAGCUGCCAUAAAGCUCUCUGACCACUUUUCUGAAUGCAUUUGUAGUGAGUGGUUUGGAAAAGGACACAGCUCUGCUGUUCCAUACUGUUGCCUCUGACUAACACAUGUUGAUCACGUUCUUUGUUCAGUUUUUUUUUCUUCUUUUGUCUGAUUGAUUAGUUUUUACACACACAAACACACACAUUUAGGACCUGCUCUGUAAAACCUGACUCUUAAUGCCAGUCGUAUUCUGUUAAAAUGCCCCACGGUUGGUUUUGGACAUUAUGCCUGGCAUUGCCUUGGUUAUUUUACAAAAAUUGAAUGUCAGAAAUAAAAUGAACCAUCCACUCUG